AAGAAGCAAAAGACAAUAAGGAAAACAGUCCAUAGUUACUGUGUAGGCUUUGGAUUUCGACCUCCAUAUCAAGUCUUGCUGGACGGCGAGUUUUGUCGUGCAGCAUUGGAAAAACAAGUGUAUGUGAAGGAUGCGAUUCCUGAUCUAUUAGGUGGAUUGACACGUAUAGUUGUGACCGAAUGCAUCCUACAGGACAUCAAAUCAAAAGGACACGACUAUACCAGCGCUCUCGUCUUGGCCAAAAAGUUUGAAACUCGUAAAUGUCCACAUCAAAAAGAAAAGAAGCUCGUGUCAGCUUCAGAAUGUAUCAAGGAUCUCGUUUCUACCAACAAUCCAGAACACUUCUUUUUAGCUAUCGGAGAUAAUCAAUUGAAAAAUGCAAUGCGAAAAAUACCCGGAGUGCCUAUUGUGAUUGUAAAUACGAGAAAGAAGGGUGUUGGCCUCGAAGAGAUGACGGCAAGAUCUAAGCAGGCCCUGAAGGAACGCGAGGAAGAAAAGAUG